AUGACGAAUGAAUUAGUUAACCAAGUUUCUACUGAAAAGAAUUAUAAAAAGAAGUAUGUACUUUCUAAACCUGUAAGCGACAAUAAUGAAUCUCAAUCCAACGAAAGUCAUAGUACCGUUACAAAUGAAACUAAACCUAAAAAAAUGUCUGUGGGACUAGAAACGUUUCUUAAUGAUUAUAAUAAAUACAAAUAUUGGUAUAUCGGUAUUAUUAUUUUAUUAAUCGCACUUGCGCUCGUACCUGGUCCAGACGAUUCUUCAGGUUUUUUCAGGAAACUUUCUGAAACGAUAACCGGGAUCUCUCGUGACAUUGACCGUGUCCAUCUUCCAGCCACAAACAAAGUUAUGGACCAUGUUGUAGCAUGCCGUAGAGCUGCGAAUAUGAUUCGAAGUAGUCCGGCAUUUACAAAAUAUGGUGUCCAAAUAUCAUCAGGCCUUAUUAGCUUUGGAGAGAAAAUAGUUUUUGCCGGUCGAGAAUUAAGAAACAUGUAUAGCAAAGGUUCGUCGUUAUAUGAAUCAUUUGAUAUAGAAAUUGAUGCGAUGAUGCAACGAUUAAAUUUAAAUGCACGACAAGGUGAUUCUAGAUAUUUUAAGGACAGGUUGAAUAAUUUAAUCAUAAAGGUAGGAGAAUAUAGGAAUGUAGUUGAUAAAACCCUAAUGGCUGUUAAAAACGCUGAAGAUUCUAGACAUUCCACUGAAGGUUAUAUCAUAACCGGAAUGAGAGAAGCCGAAAAAUUUGUUACUAAAAGCCGUGAACAUAGUGUUGAUAUUGCUAGAGCUCAUAAAGAACUUGAGGCGGUUAAUGAAGUUUUGAUUCAUUUAAAAUAUACUGCUGGUAAUUUAAUGAAAAUGAGAGAAAUUUUAGAGGCUUAUGAGGAUAGAAUUUUAGACCUUGCGUCUAGUCUUGAUAAACCUGGUAAAGAUGAUGACUUUGGCAUAUUUGACGUCACGAAGAAGGAUCUUAAUUAUUUAAGUACUGCUGUUAAUCAGUUAAAAGGUUAUCAUCAUAGCUUUAAUAAGAAAGCUAGAAUCUCCAAUUAG